AUGUUUAUGACGAUGCGAGUCACCGUGGCUUUGGUCAGCGGUGAGAGGGUCGAGCUCUGCGAAAACGCAGAGGGCACCAGCGUCGUGCAGCUGCGGAGGGCCGCACAAGCUGCAUUCCGGCGCCGUGGCGCGCUCGACAAGAUCACCGGCAUUGCAUGGCUGAUCAGCAGUCGCGGGGUGAAGCUGUCUUCUGCCAGCUCCUUGAAGGAGGCUGGCUUGCAGGAAGACGAGGUGCUCACAGGCAUCCUGCGGCGAGAUGAGCUGAUCUUUCACGAGAGUACGUGCUCCAUCUUGAGGGGGGAUGGCUCUCUGUUUACGGUUGGCGAUGGCUCUACCACCAAAGAGCCCGGCGACUGGGAGGAGUGCGUGGCAAAACCAGAGUACUUGGAGGACGUGCAGCAGAUUGGAGCGUCUCAGGCCGCUUUUGCGGCCUUGUUGGAGGACGGCUCCGUUGUGACCUGGGGAGAUGGGCGCUACGGCGCAGACAGCAAGGCUGUGGGGCGGAAGCUGAAGCUUGGCGAGCUUUGA